UCCAGAAAACAAAACCCACCUUCGUCUCCCCAUCGCACCGCUACAAUACACUAUCCCCCAGAUUCUCUCCGGCGAACGGACUUUCCAAUCCCCAUUGUACCCUACGAAAACUCCAUAAUUCCCAUCGAAUCCUAAACCCACGUCUCACACACAUACAUACACUGUAUCAAUACCUCAUAAUGCUCGAAUGGCUCAGUACAGGCAAUCCGGAGGUUUCUUCAACGGCUAUGGCGGCAUGCGAAACGGCGGCGAUCACCUCUCGAUCGGAGUGCGAGGUGGCGGAACCACUUCCUCGGCCCCGUACCACCACCGCCGUCGAUUGAAAGAGCCGCACAGUUACAAGAUCUCGAUCAGAUGCUGCAUUGUGAUACUCGCCUUCAUUCUCUCCAUUUCGGCUUUUUUCUAUUUUGCUUUGCAAACUAAAGCAGAAACAAACUGGCAUAGGGCUCAAGACGAUGAUAUAGAAAAUGAUACCGAUUUUCUCAUGAACGUGACCCGAACGCAGAAAUCCGAAGAGCUCAAGUUUGGACAUGGAUCUGUUUUGCAUGGUCGGGAUUCACGUUAUUGGGACAAGGACGACAGAAGAAGAGAUGAAGAUUACAGUGAAGAGGAAAUGGAGCGAGGCUGGGAUGAUUCCACAAAUAAGGUUCACGCUGCAAUGAGAAUUAGGGAUAAGAAAUCUUCUACUUCUGAUUCUCAUAAAGUUUUAAAUAACAGAAGAAAUGGUUUAUACAAUGAGGCCGGGCGUGACGAACUAAAAAUGUAUGAAGCUGAAUACGAGGCUUCUUUAAAGGGUACUGAACAGUCAAAACAUGUACAUAGCAAUAAAAAUCAGCAAUCAGGCGAUGCUGCUUGGAGGAAGCAUGGAUCUGCUGAUGCUGAUGAUGAAUACGAUGAUGGUAUCGAUUUACAGGAUGACCAAAUCGAAGAAUAUGAUGAUGUUGGACAUGAUGAUGAGGAGCAUUCUGGUGUCCAUGAAUCCCGUAGCACUGAUGGAGAAUCUUCUCACGUGCACAAUUCUAGAGACAAAAUCCGAAAAAAUAUUGAGGAGGCUGUUAAAGUUUCCACUGAUUUGUCCAACGAGGAAUCACUUCCAAACUCUCAGCAUUCCAAAGUCAUUGUCAAUUCCAGGCAUGUCAGUUUUCUUGAUGGUCAAUCUGUUCGAAGAACAACUCCUGAUAGGCGCUCAGGUUCCAAAAAGAAGACAAAACGUCGGAGAACCUCUGGUUCCUGUGAGAUGAAGAUGUUAAACGCAUCUUCACUGCUUGUAGAGCCUUUAGAAAGUAGAAAAUUUGCAAGAUUUUCCCUACAAUAUACAGAAACAGAAGAGAAACCCAUUGAAGAGGAAAGAUGGGAACCCAAAUUCGCUGGACAUCAGAGUCUCAAAGAAAGGGAAGAAUCCUUUACUGCCCGUGAUCAGAAAAUAAACUGUGGCUUUGUGAAAGGUCCAACAGGAUCUCCAAGUACAGGAUUCGACUUGGCUGAAGAUGAUGCAAAAUACAUUAGUAGUUGUCACAUUGCUGUGAUGUCUUGUAUAUUUGGGAAUUCAGAUCGCUUGAGAUCACCAAUGGGUAAAACGGUCUCUCGUCUGUCAAGGAAAAAUGUAUGUUUUGUAAUGUUUGUGGAUGAAAUUACUUUACGCAUGCUUUCUUCAGAAGGUCAUAUGCCAGAUAGAAUGGGCUUUAUUGGGCUGUGGAAGAUUGUGGUUGUGAAGAAUCUUCCUUACACUGACAUGCGGAGAGUUGGGAAGAUACCAAAGUUUUUGCCACACCGUCUUUUUCCUUCAGCCAGGUACUCAAUUUGGUUGGAUAGUAAACUUCGCCUCCAACUCGAUCCGAUGCUUAUCUUGGAAUAUUUCCUAUGGAGGAAAGGUUAUGAAUAUGCUAUAUCUAAUCACUAUGACCGCCAUUGUUUGUGGGAAGAGGUUGCCCAAAAUAAGAAGCUUAACAAGUACAACCAUACUGUUAUAGACGAACAGUUUGCAUUCUAUCAAGGCGAUGGGAUGAAAAAGUUUAAUGCAUCAGAUCCGAACAGGCUUCUUCCGAGCAAUGUACCUGAAGGGUCUUUUAUUGUUAGGGCCCACACACCAAUGUCAAACCUGUUCUCUUGCCUUUGGUUUAACGAGGUCGAACGGUUCACUCCUCGUGACCAGCUAAGUUUUGCGUAUACAUAUCACAAGUUGAGAAGGAUGAAUCCAGAGAAACCCUUUUAUCUUAAUAUGUUCAAGGACUGCGAGAGGCGAAAGAUUGCAAAGUUGUUCCAUCACAGGUCCGAGGAGAGAAGGAAUACUGCCGAACAUGAGACGGCAUAGUUUUCAACAUGAUGUUGAGUUUAUCUUAGAAACUGAUUCAUUUUUUUGCACAAAAUGAAUCACCAGGAGUAAACCGUUUCUUUCUGAGUAAUUUGCAAAGUUGCAGUGUGUUGAUUCUGAUAUCACACAAUGAGUAAAUUGCCAAAUUACCGUGAAGAAUGACAGUGCAUACUGCUUUAAUUGACAUGAAAAAAAAGAAAAAAAAAGUUCAGUUUUGGUGGCUCCUCAUUCUGCUUGGAGGAAAAUGGAUAUUAAAUUCCUGGAGCCCAUGUUCAUUUUAAUCUCCAAUGUCAUAUGGAAGAUAGAAAUAUGAAGCACGCAAUAUUUUUAUACUAGAUAUUCAAUAAUGGUCAUUCAAUUUCACUCUACUUUUUCAGAAUUCUUGGUGCCAUUUUGUUCUAGAAUGAUAUAUUUUAGUGGGAUAUUCAAUUCUGUACAAGACAUGAUGCUUGGGUAUUUUCUUAUAGGAUUCUGUAAUUUAGCCUUCAAAAACUUAUUUUCCUUGUAUAUGUUGACGGAUUUAUGUGGAUUUAGUAUUCUCCAAGAAUUUUAUUGAUUAUUUAUUAGUGUCCUGAAAUUUAUUA